GGAAAAGUGGACAAGGAUCUAAGAGAAAUGACCUGAAGAACAUUGUGGCAUCAAGAAGCAUGAUGUCUGAUACAAGCCUCCUAAUUAUUUGCAUGCUGGCUGCAUCGCCUCUAGUUGCCAUAGAGACUGAAUGGCCAGGUCUGGGGGUCAGCGAGUGCAGGAAUCGUAGCACCUGUCACGUGGGAGAAUUUUGUUCCCUCAAAAGCGACAUCUUUGGGGACUGCAGAAACUGCACUCUUCUGAUACAAUGGUGUUACCAGGACUUUGAUUAUCUCAGACGAAACUACCCAUCAUGCGAAGCUACGUGUGAACGAGAAUUCUCCAAAAAUAACACGCUUUAUCUCCAUGGCAACAUAUCAGCUUUGAUAGAAGAAAGGAAUGCGAUGCAAGAUAAGCUGGACUACAUGGAGGCUGCUGUUCAAGCGGCUGAUGAACAGCUGCAGCAUAAUCGCAAAGAACUGAAUGCCACCCAAAAGAAUCUGACUGAUGCAAUGGUUGAGCUUCAAGAACAAAAGUCUCAUUACGAAUUUAUUUUCACCGUCGCCAUUAUCUGUGUCACCGCCUUCAUUGUGCUCCUACUACUGGUCCUGAUGUGUCUGAGCUGCUGGGUGUGGUCCGUUCAGAGAGAGAACAAGCAGCUGAAGGAACACAGUAGGCGUGAAGUCAGCAUGAUCUGUACUGCCAAGCCUGUUGAUCUUCAGAAGUGGUCUUCUUGUCCAUUUUUUAAAUUAUAUCGGUUCAAGAGCGUCAAGCCGACCCUACCCGCACAAGUCUCGCUCGCCUGUCCUGAAGGACAAGAACUCUUUGAUCUUGCUGAACGUGGUGAUCACUGCACAUUCACCGAAAUCCCGCUGGACACAGACAAUGACACCGACACGAGAGAUGGCGAGGAAAACGACGCAGCAGAUGGGAACUCGGUUGCAGGUCCUGCUCAGUGCACAGACAGCGGCCACGCCAGCGAGAGCAGCAGCCUGAGUGGCGAACACCAGGUGGCACCUAACGGACCCCGAACGACCUUUACUUUGGGCGAUGAAUUAGACUUCAUGCAGUCUAAUAGAAGAUGAUGACAAAGGAGGAGGAGAAACGAUAUGGCUGAUGUUUCGAAAAAGUGGAAGACUGACAAUAUCGUAUUGUACGACCUAGUUGGAUGGACAUUUGAGCAUCGUAGGGUAUCUUCCCUGUCAUCGGAUAGGUGAUAAGCAUCAGCAAAAGUGAGACUAUGGGGUCAAGAACUUUGUUCGCAGAAUUGCAGAAGUCUUCAAAAUAGUAAAAUAAACUACCGAUACUUAAAGGAGGCUAUAGGCAGACAUUUGUACCUUUCGGACAUAAUCAUGGUAAUUGCAUUUAGGGGAGGGGAAUGGUGUUGAAGUUACUAUAUAUGAUAUUUUUUCACAACUGUUAUUUUAGAUAUCCAUCGGUUAAACCCUCUUCUUUUUCAUUUUACAAAUAAACUUCAUUAUCCCCUCAUCGAAAAAUUCAAAAAUAUCACGUGGUAAGCACUCAAGCAAACUAACAACCCUUUCUGGCACUUACAAAAUCAAUGAACCAUGCGCUCAAUGUUCUGAAUGUUUUUUGUAUAUUACAUUUCUUUUUUAAGCUUGUAAAUGAAUAUGAUAUCUUUAUUGUAAAUAAAUGACCGUUGAUACAUAGUCACAUCUUCGUCUUUACAUUGUGUUUAUAUCCUUGGAAUACAAUACACACAAUAUCAGGAGUGCACCUAGGUGGUCAAAAGUGUAACAACAAUAAAAGUAACAACAUGCGACAGUGAAAAGUGAGCUAUUAAAUGUUGGUCAACUCCUGUAACAAACGACCUGGUAACUUAAAAAUAUAAUAAAAAGAUUUAAACUAAUAAGCUAUUUAUUCACAUAAGUUUUGGCAAAGUUAAACAGAAAAGUCAUGUUAAGUGUAUUCAACCGAUGAAAGGAGAUGAAGAGGAGGAAGAGAGAUCGCACGAACUGCCAGAUCAGGUUUUGUUUAGUACGAGGCGAGCACUUCAACCUGUAUGGUACUGCACUAGAUCAGACUUUAUAUAAGGGGGGCAUGGCAGCUGUAUAAAUGCUCUAAAAGAUACUUUUUGUUUCCAAGUCAUUCGGGACAUUUCUCGCAUCUCUUAAAAUAAAAUAUUAAAUUGCAUGAACAUAUUUUAUUUUGCUGCUAGAACUGUAAUAUCACACAACAUGCACGAUAUCAAACGCCUCCCUCUGUUUUGUUGUUUUAUAAUAUCUUUUUGAUGAAAGCAACAA